AUAAGCAAAUGGAUGAGAAAGAGCUGAGUGAUCCCCUGAAUAAUGUAUCAGUCAUUAAAGACGACCUGACCAGGUCAAACAUUGGGUCCUCUGGUGACACAGAAAAAAUGAUCCAGCACUUGAAGGAUGAGCUCCGAGAAGCCCAGGAGCUAGCUAAUACUGAGAAGCACAAAUGCAUGGAGCUACAAGGUAUCCUGAAGGAAGAAAGAGAAGAAAAUAAACAACAAGCUGAUGAAUCUGCAAAACAGAUAAAACUUCUUGAAGGCCAGCUGCGGCAGCUCCAAGAUGAAAUGGGCAAUCUCAAAGAGCAGCUAGACGUCUCCUCCAGUUCACACGGUGAGCUCCAAAGUGCACGUGAUGAGGUGAAAGCGCUGAAACGUGCCCUGGAAGCAGCCACUGUCGAGCGGGACCGUGACGUCACCGCCAUCCAGACCCAUCUGGCGACCGUCUCGAAGGAUCUGGACAAAUGGCGUCAGACUGCCAACAAAUAUGAGCGCGAGAUUGAGAAUCUACAGCGUGACCUUCAACAGCAGAGCAAGCAGUGGCAAAAAACUGCAGAAAUACAAGCCAGUGAGCUGCAGUCCAUGCAGGUGGAGUGUAAUGGGCUUCAGAAGGAGUGUUGUAUCCUGAGAUCUGAAAAACAAGAUGUUGUGAAUAAGCACCAGAAGGAAAAGAGCGGUCUGCAAAGUGAGUGUGCUUCUCUCAGGGCUGAGAAGGAGGAACUCCUCAAGACUCACCAGAAAGAGAAGGGCAACCUGCAGAGUGACUGUGCAGCACUGCGCUCUGAGAAAGAGGCAGUGCUGCAGAAACAGAAGCAGCUGGAGAAGGACCUUGCCAGUUCACGUGCCCAGAACAUUGAGCUGACCAAUAGCCUCAAAGCCCUUGAGAGAUCCCAGCAAGAGUUGGAGAAGAGGCUGGCGGCCCAGCAGCUCCAGCACCAGCAGGAUAGCACCAACCUGCAAGCCCAACUGGAUGAAGCGGACAGCCGCAGCAAAGUCCUACAGAGAGAGUAUGAGGAGGCUAAGAUGGAGCUGUCAGACCUGAAGGAAAAGUAUGAGAAGACCGAGCAGGAAAAACAGUCGCUUAUAGAAGAACUUCAGGAGUGCAAAGGCAACAUGAAAGAAUUGCAGGAGAAGGGAACAAAGACAUCCCUAUUGCUGCCUGUUCAAGCCAUAGUCAUCGGCCUUAUCCUGGCUUUGCUGUAUUGGUGCUUCGGCGCAUUGUGGUAGCAAGAAGCCGUGGAUGAUCUGGGGGCCCGUAGUUGCCGUGGCUCUGACAGCUGUGACUGCUGCUGUGCUCUUCAGGACCUGAGGACAACUUGCUCAAACACACACACACACACACACACACGUGAAAUCCAUAUUUGUCAUGUGAUUUCUCCACACUUGCCCCUUAUCAUAUCUGCACUGUUAAUUAGGAGGGCUCAUACUUAACACUGUUUAAUUUUUAGGAUGCUCUAUUUUAGAUGACAGAGGUUAAUAAAGGAAUGUCAGUUUAGUCUGCAAAUGAAUAAGGUUGUCUGUUAUUUGAAGGAAACCUUGUUGGGUUGUUUUUUGGUUAACUGUCUUGACUUAUAGGAUUAAUGAAUGUAAAGAGAUAUAUAUAUGAUGGUAUUUUAGAUGGAUCACCUUGGCGUUAGGACCUUCCUAAAUGUAACACAUCUCUAUAACUGUCAGAAUAAUAAAUAUUGCCACAAUAACUCA